UUUUCAUUGCCUACCAUGUACCUCAGCUCAAUGAUAAGAAUCCAGGUUUCUUUUCUCAUUUCCAGGUGAAGCACUUUAAAAUUUUAGCUCAAGAGGCAAAGCCUAAGUCAGAUGCUGUGUUUGCAUGGCCAUGGCACCAUGGAAAAUCAAACACAGUGGGCCAUAGACGUUUCCCCUGGCUCCCAGUACAUGUACUACUUGUGCAGUUUUGGAAUUCCAUUUUUUCAGAAAAGGGGGAAGUUGUCUGAUGUUUGACUUGUACCAACAGAACAUAUUAUUCAUUUCUCUGUAGUGUUUAGGGAAUCAGGCUUCACAAAGGGAUCUGUUGCAGGAAAUUGGCUGGUUUGGCUUUUCAUUCCAAGCUGGAUUAUACUGGGAACUUUUGUAUUAGGAAAAUGCUUGAAGGGUCGGCUAAAAAGUCCCCACAACAGCCCAGCUCAUGGUGCCCAUUGUUGCCAUUGCUGAAUUUGGUUACCCACAUGGCUCUGAUUGACGGCUUAAUGAGCAAUUCUCAUUGAAGAAAUCACUGUACUGUUCAUUCUUUUCAUCCAGGUGUGAUUGUUUGUUUCUCAUUCCUGACCUAACCAUAUCCAAAGGAUAAGGGAAGACAUGACUGGGACCUGGUCUGAAUAGCUAGUCAUGAUGCUAUAUACCAAGAGAUGCACAAAACAUAUUAAUGUACGCGCUAUCCCACAGAGAACACAGGAUCUUUCUGCAAAAUUCGCAGUUGUGCUCUUUCAUAUAAUAGUACUGACCCCUUUCAACAAUAGCAUAACCUUACUGUAUUGCUAAGCAACAAAUUGAAUGUGACACAAACUUUCCCUUUCCCCCCUUUUUGUUUUGCAUUCUCUUUUAUUCUCAUAGAAAAUGUGAACUGCACUUCAAUAUCAGGGCUGGUGGUGCCCACAAUGAUGGCUUCAGAAAGGUCACCCAAUUGGUAAGUCAACAUUGCAGCUUUGAAUUUAUUUUUCCCUUGGCCUCCAACUGUCUGUUCCUCUUCUAGUCCUCUGGUUCCCUGAUACAUACAAAUAUAAGAACAACAUUUCAUUUAUUUUUUUCUUGAAUGCAGAAAGUCCAAGGUAAUAUAGUCAUGGAAAUGCAUGGAGUUAUCAGAAGUUCAGAAAAGCCAAGCCAGAUUUAAUUAUGUAUUUAAUUCUGCUUGUACAAAGGAAUCUCCAUUCCCUCUCCUCUCCCCAUGUGCACCCCCUCAAAUCUGCUUAAGAAGGCUAGGAGGAAACACAAAACAGAGAGCACCCAGGGAGAAGAGAGAGAGAGAAAGAAAGCAAGUAAUACUGCACAAGCAGAAUCAAUGCGUGAAUAAGGUGACUUUGUUGGAUACACAACCCAAAUAUUUUGGUGUGGAUAUCAGCUCUAGUACAGUCAUACCUGGGAUCCUGAACACCUUGGUACGUGGACAUUUUGACUCCCAAAUGCCACAACCCCCAAAGUGAGUGUUCCGGUUUGUGAACGUUCUUUGGACCCCAAACAUCUGACAGGGCUUCCGCUGCUUCCGAUUGGCUGCAGGAGCUUCCUGCAGCCAAUCGGAAGCCGCGCUUUGGUUUUCUGAAUGUUUAAGAAGUUGAACAGACUUCCGAAACGGAUUCUGUUCAACUUCCAAGGUACGACUGUAUUACAUUUUAGUGUUUUAUCCACUCCUUGUAGAUCUGGCUGCAGCCCACCCAAGAGGAAUUUCCCUUUGCUACCUUGACUUCUUCUCACCGGAAAGGUUUGCACAGGAAACUCUUAACAAAGUUUUCAGCCCAUACUUCCAGAAAUCGGCUUUCUGAGUCAGACUAUACACCCUGCAUCCCACAGAGAAUCUAGCACCUUAAUGACAAAAGAGAAACAGGCAGGGAGGGGGGUGAGAAUGAAAGGAGAGGAAAAUAUGUUCACCACAUGUCAAAACAGGAACAGAAUAAUAAAAGCAAAGCGACAUUAGAGCUA